ACAUGACACAAUCGUGAGAUGUUGUCAUCAGAGGACGAUUUUUCGUCGUCAGAUUCCGGCAACAAAUUUGCUCUGGAAAUUGUAGGAAGUUAUUAAUUCAUCAAGUUUAUCAAACAAGCAGAUAUUCAUCGCUCACUAGGUACACAGUUUUCGAUCCGAUCAGCCUAGUGCUAAGGAGCAGUGAUGUCUUGGUUUUUCAGUCCGUCUAAGAGCAACCUUCCCCCCAUCACGCCCCUCCAAGAGCAACGAAGCAAACAAAUUGAAUCACUCCGAGCACUCAAUCCAAAUGUGGUGGAACUCAAGAGAGAUGUGGAUUACCGAGUUACAUUCAGCAUCGGCACUGGAACAACCAACAUUGCUCUUCAUAUAACCCUUCCCCCGCAGUUCCCCCAAGAGAAACCUCAAGUCAAGGUCUCCCCACCGUUAAGACAUCCUUGGGUGAAUAACACCUUAACCAUUGUUGGAUGUCCAGGUCUGAACAAUUUUGGCGUGCAGACAGAUUUGGGUCGCGUUAUUCAGAGCAUUAUUCAAGAGAUGAGAAACAAUCCACCAUUUGUUUUCACCGCAGAUCCGGUUCAGGCAAAUGCAGGCACGAUGUAUCAAUCAUAUGCCUCGCCCACCUCAUUAGCCUCGCCUACUCAGCUGCCGGUAGCUAAUCAGCAACCUGCUGGAGGGUAUAGACCCGCCCCCUCUGGGCUAGUGGGAGGAGGGAUCCUUCUUCAGGGGAAUCAGCCUCCAUCGACAUCGCUUAUCGCCACCCAACCGUCUCAUCUACCAGGUGCCAUGUCGUCAGGGGCUCACCAGAAGGCCGAGAUACGGAGUGUCAAUAAAAUCAACACCUUAGAAUACCUCGGCGUUGAACCACUGGUCGCACCAACAGGACUAGCGAAUACUGGUUUGGUACCAAGGACCUACAAGAUGCCCGCUGUCUCACCAAGUUUCCUCAAGGAGUAUUUGUCCUCGCUGAGUACGUCUCAGCUCAAGGAGAUUCUAGCGGAUGAAGAAGUCGAGCUCAAAGUCUUUUCUGAGUUACCUCAGGUCAAGAGGUUACUCACUGAUCGACAGGAGCUGUACGACGUUUGCGAACAUUUAGCUCACACGAGUCUGAGCUACCAGCCUGAGAUUGAGAAGAUGAAAGUCCAGCUGACUGAGAAGCUUCAGGAGAGAAAUGAUCUGAGGAAUCGAUUUGAUAUGAAUUGCCUCAACCAGCAGAGCAUCAGUGAGCAAUUUGAUCCAAGACAUAUACUGGACAAUCUGAAGGUAGCUGCAGCAGACGUUGAGCACGAAUCGGAGUCAAAGGCCGAGGCCUUCCUGGAAGGGAAACUAUCCCUGGAGGAAUUCUUACCAGAAUACAACGACUUAAGAAAGACGAUGCAUUUACGAAGAGCAAAGGAGGAAAAACUAGACAACAUGCUACGAGGUGGUGGGAUGAUAAAAUGAUCUUCUUGAAGCGACUUUUAUUGACUGUUAAAAGACAAUUAAUCAUGACCAAUUACUCUGUUUUUUUCUUGAGAGUCACUGUUUUGUAAAAGAAAACCGCAGUCAUGAAAUUUUGGC